CGGCGGGAGGGGUCACUUCCGGCGCGCGGGGCCAUCCCGCCGCCAUCUUGGGCCGGCUCCGGGGUCUGCGGCGGGGCCCGGGGCCGUCGGGGCGGAGCGGGUCCCUCCAUGGGAAGAUGCAGCGGGCGGGGGCGGAGGAGGCGGCGGGGUCGCAGGCGGCGGCGGGGGGAGCCGGGCGGAGCGGGGCCGGGCUGGCGGCGGCGGCCCCGGCCGGGCGGCUCCUGAAGCGGGAGCUGCGGCUGCUCGAGUCCAUCUUCCACCGCGGCCACGAGCGGUUCCGCAUCGGCAGCGCCUGCCCCGACGAGAUCAGCUGCGAGUUUGUGCCGGGGGCGGGCGCCAGGGCCGGGGGCUCCGCUUCCCGGGGGCCGCCGCCGGGGCCCGUCCGCAUCCACUGCAACAUCACGGAGUCGUAUCCAGCUGUUCCCCCCAUCUGGUCCGUGGAGUCGGAUGAUCCCAACCUGGCAGCUAUCCUGGAGAGGCUAGUGGAAGUCAGGAAAGGAAAUACGUUGCUUCUGCAGCACCUGAAGCGAAUAAUUUCAGACCUGUGCAAACUCUACAACCUCCCCCAGCAUCCCGAUGUGGAAAUGUUGGACCAGCCUCUGCCGGCAGAACAGAGCACGCAGGAAGAGGUGUCCUCUGAAGAGGAAGACGAAGAGAUGCCAGAGGACACCGAGGACUUGGACCACUAUGAGAUGAAAGAAGAAGAGCCAGCAGACGGAAGGAAAACGGAGGAUGAAGGCAUUGGGAAGGAAAACCUGGCCAUUUUAGAGAAAAUAAAAAAGAACCAGAGGCAAGAUUACUUAAAUGGUGCAGUGUCUGGGUCUGUGCAGGCCACUGACCGGCUAAUGAAGGAGCUCAGGGAUAUUUACCGAUCACCAAGUUUCAAGGGCGGAUACUAUGCAGUUGAACUAGUGAAUGACAGCCUGUACGAUUGGAACGUCAAACUCCUGAAGGUUGACGAGGAUAGCGCUUUGCACAACGAUCUCCAGAUCCUCAAAGAAAAAGAAGGAACGGAUUUCAUCCUCUUAAACUUCUCCUUUAAAGAUAACUUUCCUUUCGAUCCACCGUUUGUAAGGGUUGUGUCCCCAGUGCUGUCGGGGGGGUAUGUCCUGGGUGGUGGUGCCAUCUGCAUGGAGCUGCUUACCAAACAGGGCUGGAGCAGCGCGUACUCCAUCGAGUCGGUGAUCAUGCAGAUCAGCGCAACUCUGGUGAAAGGGAAAGCUCGGGUGCAAUUUGGAGCCAAUAAGAAUCAGUACAGCCUGACGAGAGCACAGCAGUCCUACAAGUCCCUGGUUCAGAUCCAUGAGAAGAAUGGUUGGUACACACCACCCAAGGAGGACGGCUAGCGCAGACACGGCGGGACCCCCCCCCUCCCCCCCUUUGCUCGCUCCCAAACGCUGUACUCGGAUCUCACCACGCCUCUCCGGCUUUCUCCCAGGAUCUAAUAGCUCUGCCUGUUGCAGGACAAUAAUGGCUGUUCUCAACUUUAAAAAAAGAAAACUGUUUUAAAGCAGUUGGACUGACCUAAAACACUUGCUGGACCCCUGUUAGCAGGCAUUCUUAUUAAAACAAACUUUUGAGCCUCUUG